UACCAAGCAAGAUCGAUUCAGGACUCCAGACAACACUAGAGCAAUUAAACACCAAACGCGUCGCAAGCCUUGGGAGACGCGACUUGCGCCUCGACUUACCCGGCAUCGCCUACACCAUCAGAUCAGGAACCACCAGCUUCUAGAGGCGGAAAAAUCGACUGAAGGAUCGCUUUUGCGCCAGAAUUUUCAUUUGGGCCAAAGUCAUCUGGGCGAUCACAACGUGCCUGCUUCCAUCAUCUACAGCCGCCCAGCAUGUCGGAAUACUCUACACCAGCUCCAGAAUCCCCAAUCAGAUGGUCGGACAAGGAGAAUACCCCCAGAACUCUCGUGGUGAGGGACAAGGGCAAGGGCCCAGCAGUUGCGUCCAAAAGGAAACGUUCCUUGACCAACGGCGCAGGUCCAUCACACUCACGACGUCGCACCCGAGAGCCAGAAGGGGGAGGAGAGGAGGAGGAAGACGAAGAUGAAGAGGAAGAGGAUGACCUGGAACAUAUUGACUCGGAACAAUAUGAUCCAGACCAGUCAAUAGAGGAGAGACGUAACGUACAGCGAGGCCUUCGGGAUCUACUCCGAGAUCUGACAGAAAACAACGAUGAGUACCUGCAGGUCGACUCGAAGGGCUUGCACGAUACUCUACGGAAGGCGAAUAAGCUGGCGGCGGGUGUGAAACAAACCACAGAGGCCACUAUCGAUUCAAAAUUGCUUGUCAGUACAGUCAAUGCUUCGUACCGGAAAACAGUGCGCCUAACCGCUGGGAAUAUUGCCCGGGGUAUUGACGUGGAUGAGCUUGUCUCCAAAUCCAUUGCCUACAUGCGACUAGGCGGGGUUGUCGUUGACGAUGAUGCGCCGGAGUUGUCGAGCACACAGAGGCAACGCAGACGUCCGAGUAGGGGAGGGGCAUUAGGGGGGGCUGAUGGGAGCGACGACGAUGAAAAUGACGAUGACGGUGACAUGUUCAAUUGGGAACAUCUAGGAAAGUUUGCUUGUCUUCCUGAAAUCCGCCGGCCGGCUACACCGGGUUUCCUCCUCGGACCAUUAUCCGUUCAGAAGAAAAUACGAAAGAUUGUGAAAAGGAGCGCGCCAUUCAAAUCUUCAAAUCUUCCAGAGACGCGCCCAGAGGUUCUCGAUCCAAAGGACGUCGAAAGAGAUGAGCGGAAUGACCUGGCAGGCAUAUGCACUAAAAUUCUGCAACGUCUUGUCGUUGUUCAAGAACGUGCCCAAGACGCGGCUGAGGAUGCGUUCGAUAUAGGCGCAGAAGAUGAGACUAAAAAGAUCAUGGAGCAGCAUGGCUUGAGGAAUACUGGCGGGAUUGAUCUCUUCAAAUUUGUUGUGAAUCCCAAGUCGUUCGGUCAGACGGUUGAGAACAUGUUUUACGUCAGCUUCUUGAUACGUGAUGGCAAAAUUGGUAUUGAAUUUGACGAAAACGGGCUCCCCACCCUACUACCAACUGGCACGGGAGAUGCCGAGCCAGGCGCAGCAAGACAUGCUGCGCAGAAGCAACAAGCCGUUUUGUCAAUCGACAUGGCAACCUGGCGGGACCUCAUCGAGGCUUUCGACAUUAAACAGCCUCUGAUCGAACAUCGGAAUGAGCAAAGCACGCAGGGUCCUGGAGCUCGGGGGUGGUAUAGCUAGAGACUUUGCAUGCGGACGCAACACCACCCGACUGGCGGGAAUAGUGCUAGAGGACUCCAGGAUAAAGUACCUAUCAUCGGCAGCUAUUCCGAAUCAAGCAAAGACAAGGAGCAUUGUGCGGCUGGUUCAAAGUCCUUAGCUGAUAUUAUGCCCACCAUGUAUUCCUGCUACCCUAUCCUACAUGGCGCUAAAUGCUGAUUCAUCAAGCCAUUCAACUUCAAAACUACCAGCACCCGUCAGUUCAACUCAGGAUCAGUUGAGUAAAGCUCGUAGGUCCAAUAAUGUCGUACUUCGAAUCCAUCUCCUUUGCCUCUUCCAAAGCUGCAACAGCGUCCAUCCGCCAAUGUUCACAACCGCAAGAAUUACAGUCCACGCAAUGCCAGACCC